UAUUCUCUUCUUCGAGCAGAGGGGUUUAAGCAAGGGUUUUUCCUUUCGUAUCCGCCAUUGCCGCUACCUUCACUCUAGCCGUAUUCUUCCUUCCUUCGUCUCUACGGUAGCAUUCUCCAGUCGAGACCAGGCGGCCACAGGGUUUUUACACUCUUAUCUCGGGCUUCGAAGAAAUCUUAACGUUUCGAUCACUCUCUGCAUACUGCUUCAAUUAGGGUUUAUGCAGUUUUCGCGAUUAAUACGAGUUAAUUUACUGACAGUUCGUGAAAUUGGGCCCCGGAGAUGACCUAAAAGAUCGAGCGUAUCGUUUCACACUAGAUGCAUCGCGGUGUUUCCGUAUUUGCUCAUCGGAUUUUUGCGAGCUCCAGUAUUGUCAGAACUAGCAACGUAUUUGUGUUCUCCAAGCUCAAUCCUCCGAACUCUAGUUUCUAUGGAUUUUCAUUUUGUAGGGUGUUUUCGUUUGUUCCGCCGCACCGCCGUACGCCCGAUCCUGAUGAUCCGUCCACCCUAAUGAAGGAAGAUGGAGUCUCUGUUUGUUCCCAGAUGUGGAUUGAGAAUUUUCGCGAACCGGAUAGGAUUGUGACCAAUUUAACGUCGUAUCUUCGGAGGUUUGAGUUAUGGGUUUUGGCGUACCAGAAAGUUUGUGCCGAUGAGAUGGGCGCCUAUAUGCCUCGAAAUGCAAUACAAAGGUCAGCACUAGAAGACUUACUGGCGCUUAGAAAUGCAGUUCUUGAUAACAAGUUCAAGUGGGGAGCAAGAUUGCAGUUCUUCAUAAAAUCGCCAAAAGAUAAGACGGAUUACGAAUCAUUGUCGAAGAGGAAGAUAAAAGCUAUUUUGACAACUACGCAAGCUGCUGCAUUUCAAGAUAAAAUUGUUCAAGAGGUUCUGUUUAUGAUUUUGGAACCAAUAUAUGAAGCUCGGUUUUCACCAAAAUCUUAUGCAUUUAGGCCAGGGAGGAAUGCACAUACAGUGCUGCGGGUAAUUAGGAGGCAUUUUGCAGGUUAUUUAUGGUAUGUGAAAGGCGAUCUAAGUACAAUUUUAGAUGGUAUGAAGGUAGGAUUGGUGAUAAAUGCUUUGAUGAGAGGUAUAAGAGAUAAAAAAGUGAUUGAUUUAGUUAAAUCUGCCUUGGUUACACCGGUUAUAACGAGCAAGGUCGAUGAAGGGGAAAAGAAGAAGAAGAAGAAAAGGAAGUACCAGAAGAAGAGAGUAUUAGCUGAGGAUGAACCGAAGCCUGAUCCAUAUUGGUUGGAGACAUUUUUUGGUUUUGCUCCUGAAGAGGCAGUGAAGAUUCCUUCAUGGGGUCAUUGUGGGAUUCUUAGCCCUCUUCUGGCCAAUAUUUGUUUAGAUGAGUUGGACCGCUGGAUGGAGGGAAGGAUUAAGGACUUCUAUUCUCCAUCUAAGAGUGAUGUCAUAUGGAAUAGUCCUGAAGGAGAAGCAGAUCAAGGAAAUACAUCUUGGCCAGAAUUUGUACCGACAAGUGGUCCAGAUAAGACCCGGAAGAUGGAUUACAUUCGGUAUGGAGGUCAUAUUCUGAUUGGUAUUCGAGGGCCUAGGGCCGAUGCAGCAACAUUAAGAAAGCAGUUGAUUGAGUUUUGUGAUCAGAAGUAUAUGCUCAAGCUUGACAAUGAGUGUCUUCCCAUUGAACACAUUACCAAGGGUAUAAUGUUUCUAGAUCACGUGCUUUGUCGGAGAGUCGUGUACCCUACCCUUCGAUACACUGCUACUGGUGGUAAGAUUAUUAGCGAGAAAGGUGUCGGUACCCUCCUUUCUGUCACGGCAAGCUUGAAACAAUGCAUUAAGCAAUUCAGGAAGCUGAAUUUUCUGAAGGGUGAUAGAGAUCCUGAUCCACAGCCUUGCUUUAGAAUGUUUCAUGCCACACAAGCUCACACAAAUGCACAAAUGAACAAGUUUUUGUUAACCAUUGUUGAGUGGUACAGAUAUGCCGACAACAGGAAGAAAGUGGUGAACUUUUGCUCUUACAUCUUAAGAGGUUCACUUGCAAAGCUUUAUGCUGCAAAGUACAAACUCCGCUCUCGGGCAAAGGUUUACAAGAUUGGUGCUCGAAAUCUUAGCCGCCCGUUGAAGGAGAAGAAAGGACAAUCGCCCGAGUACCAUAACCUUCUGAGGAUGGGUCUUGCUGAGUCAAUUGACGGCCUUAAGUUCACACGGAUGACUCUUGUCCCCGAGACUGAUUACACCCCCUUACCAACUAAUUGGAGACCUGAUCAUGAAAAGGCCCUGAUCGAAUUCAUAAUGCUCGAGGAUCCUAGAAUGCUGGAGGAGCAACUUAGAUGCAUUCGGGAAGAGGGUCUUGUCUCAGCCCAAGAUUACAUUUCAAUGCUUGUAUGGAAUUACAAGAGGAAUGCAACUCUGGAUCAGACGCCUCUGAUGAACAGUGGUGACCAACGAUUACUGGGCUCAAGCCUGGACAGGCUUGGUCCCAAAGCCAAAGAAGUGGAAGAGCACGAUGAUGCAUUUCGAGUGGCUGAAGUAUAAGUCUCUUUUGUUUUGAGAUGCCAGACUUAUGCUCCAUCAUCAAACUAGAGGAAAAACCCUGCAUCCAUUCCAGCCCAGCUACAUUGGACGCUGAUUCUUUACCACACUCAAAUGAACCAUCUGUUAUGGUUGGCAGUUGUAAGGCGUUCUGUGAAAUUUCAAGCCCUCAAAGCAUCGCCACAUUCUGCAGCCUCGCCUCAGCAAAGACGACAAUUGUGUCGAUGGUUCGUAUCACAAAUUAUGGCAUUGUAUCAGUUGUGGGCUAUAUCUUCCCCUUCUAUUUUGGAGGGAUUGUUUCCUAUAUGGCAAGGAGCAGUCAUUCUAACCGUGACAUGGAUCUUGGGAUGCUAUAAGCUUAAAUUUGUCAUCUUAUGUACAUUGGCCAUUCAUUUUUCCAAUCGAAAAUCCUACACAUAUUUUGUUCAACAAUUUACAGGAGCUUCUGGGCCUUAUUGAAGUUGGAGUCAAUGGGUUAGUUUUCCAUUGAGUUGAAAGUAAAUCUCUUCUGUUUAAUUGAAAGUAGAGGCUAAUGGUUGUCCAGUUGUAUCAGGUACGACUUCAUUCAUUUGCAUAAUUUGAUGCUGAAUUCUUCCUUCUAGUGCUACCAGAAAAGAUAGGGAAAAGAUUUAUUUAGGGCUAUUGGUUUGUGAUUCAAAUUGGGGGACCUAAUUGGCCAAAACUUGCUGUGAAACAGAGAUGAAUGGUAGUGGGUUAGCAGGAGGAGAAGUUCAUUAAUCAAGGGAUAUUGUUUAUUUAAAACAUGUACAUUAAAUUUUUUAAGUUUUAAGGAUUUUAUCAUGGUGAUUGCC